AUGGGCUCGCAAGCAGACGCUGCAGAUCAUAGCGACCUCGAGGCCCCGUGUGAUAUGUCGGAGAAACAUCCAGAAACAGUUUCUUCCAUGACCAUGGGAGAUGGAAAGUCUUUCCCUCCGUCUCUGCCGGAUGAAGAAAACUACAUCGUGAGCUUCGAUGGUGCAGACGACCCGGCACAUCCAUACAAUUGGAGCCUUUGGGCAAAGCUAUACAACUCCACUAUAGUUUGCCUUGGCACAUUUAUAGCUUCUUUUGCUAGCGCAGUCUUCGCCCCCGCCACUGACGGCGUGGCUGGCGAAUUCGGAGUGAGCAAUGAAGUCGGCAUCCUGGGUACAACGCUCUUCGUGCUCGGGUUUGCGUCCGGGCCAAUGAUUUGGGCACCUUCGUCCGAACUGAUCGGCAGAAGACUACCCUUGACCGUGGGCAUCUUCGGCGGGGCCCUUUUCACCAUUGCAUCCGCCGUCGCAAAGGACAUCCAGACGGUGAUCAUCUGUCGCUUUUUCGCGGGCCUGUUCGGAGCGAGCCAGCUAUCCGUCGUCCCUGCAGUGCUGUCGGACCUCUUCGAUAAUCGAUCCCGCGGGCCCGCCAUUACCGUAUACUCCCUGGCUGUGUUCGUUGGUCCGUUUACCGGCCCGUUCAUUGGAGGCUUUAUCUCCUCAAGUUACCUGGGCUGGAGGUGGACCUUGUACAUCCCAUCGUUCAUGGGAUUUGCCUUGAGUAUUGUGUUCGUGCUGACUCUGAAGGAGACGUACGCACAAUGCAUACUGGUCCCGAAGGCAGAGGCCCUCCGCCAGAAGACCUCGAACUGGGGAAUUCACGCCAAGCAAGAGGUGGUGAAAGUUGAUUUCCGGGAGCUGAUGGAGAAGUAUUUGACCCGUCCCGUGCGGAUGCUCUUCACGGAGCCAAUUAUCCUGGUGGUGUCCCUUUAUAUGUCCUUCAUCUACGGCCUCGUGUAUGCCCUCUUGGUCGCCUAUCCGUAUGUGUUCGAAACAGUCCACGGCAUGAACGCGGGCCUCAGCGGCCUCACUUUUUUCGGCCUCGUCAUCGGUCAAGCACUCGGCUGUACCUUUGUUCUGCUCCAGCAGCCUUCAUACGUACGGAAGCUCGUUGCCAAUAAAGACGUGCCGGUUCCCGAAUGGCGUCUGCUGCCUCCGAUUAUCGGCGGCCCAGUCUUCACCGUGGGAGUGUUCUGGUUCAGCUGGACGGCGUUCACACCCUCCAUUCACUGGAUUUCGCCUACCGCCGCGGGCGUCCUGAUCGGCUUCGGCAUUCUUUGUAUCUUCUUGCCCUGUUUCAACUACCUGGUUGAUUCUUAUUUGCCGCUAGCUGCAUCGGCCGUUGCAGCCAAUAUCAUUCUGCGAUCGACUGUUGCUGCCGGGUUUCCUCUUUUCACCAAGCAGAUGUUCCAGAAUCUUGGAAUCCAGUGGGCUGGCACCUUGAUCGGAUGUCUGGCUGCAGUGAUGAUUCCCAUCCCGUUGGUGUUUCGGCGCUAUGGGCCGCAUCUAAGGGCCAAGUCCAAAAUUGUCUGA